AUGCCUCCCUCUACUUCUCUCUCACAGACCAAUGCAGCUCCCACUCCGGGCUCUAGGAAACCUGCAAUGUCCCUCCUGCCCGCCUUCGAGCCACUAUCGUCGUCGCCGUCUCUACCGAGGCCUCUCAAGCGAAACCGAGAUGCCUUGGACGAGCACCCAACGUAUCCUACGCCAGUGCCCACUUCCUCCACUGCCAUCCUUUCCUCUUCGCCCUCACGCGUUCCCCCGGCAAAGUCCAAUCUUCAGAAGACCUCUUCCACGCUCUCGGAACGGACGCCUCUCGGAGCCGUGCCUUCCAUUCACCUCGAGGGCGAUGGCAAGAUAACGCGUAUGGGACGAUCUAGCGCCUCUUGUGACUACCAGUUGUCCGCCAAUCGCCUGAUAUCCAGGGUCCACGUCGAAGCUUGCUACAAGCAUGCGAGUUCGAGUCUAGAACGCGAUCGGGUAGAGAUCACUUGUACCGGUUGGAAUGGUGUCAAGAUACACUGCAAGGGCCAGGUAUACGAGGUCAAGAAGGGGGAAACGUUCUCUUCGGAUGUCAGGGAUGCUGAAAUCAUGCUUGAUGUUCAUGACAGUCGUGUGGUAGUCAUGUGGCCCCCGAAACCUCGGUUGGGUGCCAUAUCAUCUGAUGAGGAAGAAGAGGAGGAUUCGCCCUCCAAGCGGCAGCGUGUCAUGUUACGCCACUCGACACCACCAAGCCCAAGCCCGUUACAAACCCGGCGACGACCUGCUUCACCGGUUUCUCCUUCACCGGCCGUCCAAGCAAUAAUGCCGUCUUCACCGCCUCAUCCUCUAGCCCGAGCCCCGGUUGAACCUGUUGAGAUAUACGAAGACCCCGUAUCACCCCAAAAGGUCAGCGAUGUCGUUGACGUGCUAGAAGUGUCCCAGACUACCCAAGCUCUGUCGGAAAGCAUCCAGAACCCCAUCGUUUCCCAGAUCAACGUUUCCAGCACUACCGAGGACUUUUCUGACAAUGACGAGGAGAAUGACCCGAUCAUUCACUCCUUUGGACCGUAUGGAGCUAACCUACUGCCGCGGAUGGCCGCAUUCACCGCUGGAGACUCCCCUAAUCCCGACACUUCUGUCAAGAGCUCCCGGUCAAUACAUGUGGAACCUCUUCAGCCGAAUCAAGGCCCAGGGCUGGCCAAACAGCCGGUUCCAGAAAUCGACGUACAGGGGCACAUUAUCAACCAACUUGCAUUUUCAAGAUUGUCAUCUACUCCAUUGUCGACUAUUUUGAGCCAUCUUCCUCAAGAGGCAGGUGUUCUGUCAAGCAGUGAUGUUAAGAGAAUCAUCAGGGAGACAGCAUGCAUUGGGGAGGUAGCCAGGGAAGGAAAAGACGCGGCAGGAAAGGCUCUCGAGAGCGAGUACUACUAUAUUCCGGAUGAAGAUCAGGAUGACAAGAGAAAGGAAGCAGUGGUGAAUGAUUUACGCAAACCUGGAUUGCGAGCAUGCCGCAAGCAGCAUAAGCAAUACUUCUGGCGAAAACCGAAAUAA